UUAGCCGUUGAAUGCGCUACCGCAACUGAAAAUCGCCACCCCGGCGCCAUCUAUUCCGCAGAUUUUGUACUGCAUCUGCAUAACCUAACUUUUUGUUAUAACAAAAAACAACUGUUUAUGAAAAAACAAGAAUAAUGAACGCGCCACCGACAUUUGAAUCAUUCUUACUUUACGAAGGAGAAAAAAAGAUAAUUCGAGAGCAGGACACAAAAGUGACUAAUGCCGCUAUUUUUACGGUGAACAAGGAAGAUCACACACUCGGAAACAUGAUCCGAAAUCAGCUAUUGAAAGAUCCAAAUGUGCUCUUUGCCGGAUACAAACUGCCGCAUCCGUUGGAACAUAAAUUUGUGCUACGUAUACAGACAACUUCAGAUUAUUCACCGCAAGAGGCUUUCAUGAAUGCUGUGGCAGAUUUAAUAUCGGAACUUUCGCUUUUUGAAGAACGUUUUAAGGAAGCAAUCAAGGAAAAGAAAGAAGGUUUAGAUUAAUUGUAUUUUAUUGAUUACUUUUUAAUAAAAUUUAAUUUCCACUGUA